AUGGAGCCGCUGCUCGCCGAGAGGGCCGCGCUGCUGCUGCUGCUGCUGCUGCUGCUGGCCGGGGCCGUGCGCGGAGGUGAGGCGGCGGGGAAGGGGCCGGGGGGGCGGGCCGGGGGGCCUCGGGGGGGGCGGUCCCCCGGGGCGCCCCCUCCUCCUCCUGCCGGGCUGGGAGCCCCGGGGGUUUGCGGGGGGCGCCCUCUGCGGCCCCUCGAGAGCAAGGCCUGCUCGGGCGAGGGUCCCUGGAGGGCAGAGUGGCGGGGGGCCGACCCCUUAAGGUCGGAGGGAGAGAAACUCCUUCCCAGAAGUCAGCGGAGGAGGGAGAGGGAGCUCUGUUUCCCCAAAGUAUUGGCUCCUCACAAGUAAUCCCGCUCCAAGUUGGAGAAGGAAGUGGUCUCUCGUUAAAAGUGGGCAUCCCAAAUUGGUGCGCGGGUUUGUUUGGGUGGGAAUUUAUCUCGUGGUGAUUAGAUACGAAUAUGGUGUUGAUAAACGCCUGCUUCCUCGGAAGGAGACAAGAGUUAAAUUUCCUCAGAAGCCGGACGAUGCUGGGCCUCAUGCCCUCCGACCAAGGUCCCUCUCUUGCUCCUUGCUGCUCACCUUCCUAAUGGUAGUUCGGCACACAGAAGCCCGUUGUGCUGAAGAAAAUCCCAGUUCCCUUUCCCCCAUCCUUCCGUUUAUUUACUUUGUAUUUAUAAAAGUAUUGAUGUGCUUCCACGUCGUAAAAUAUCGGGAGGGGGGGUGCGCGUGUGUACAACAUUCAAAUAUGAAACACCAUUGAAAACAAUACAGACAAUCAUUCAAGUGACUGGCUAAUUUAAAAAAGAAUAAGUUACAAAGGCAUGUUAACAUACAAAGGUCUUCAAGUCAACAGCAAGGCUGUUUGAUCUGCGGCCAGGUUGCUGUCCAAAUUGCAGCUCGCUGAUCACUACUACACUUGGGGGGAUCCCAAAUUACUGUCAUUUUCAUAAUUUCUUUUAGGUGCUUGGGAACAAAGCUUGGCAAAGUUGCAUAACUUGACCUUAAACCAAAUAAGGAACAUUUUGGAAAUGUUUAGGGAGGCUUAAGUAGACUUAUGUCCAGAAGGAGUAGCUGGAUGACUUCUUAACUUCCUGCUCUAUUAGUGUCCUCUAUAAGAGGACAGUGGGUUUGAUUUGUUUUUCUCCACCUUCCUAAUUAAGUUGGUUUUCUGCUGUUGUUCUGUUAGCACGGGAACAGUUUAAACAGUCUCUAGCCAGACGUCUUCCACUGCAUGCAGGCUGGCUGGUUUCCUUGACUCCUCCGUGCCCAGCCCAAUAUGAGCAUAACUCAGUCUGUGUGCUGCUGAAGCUUUGGGCCUCUUCUCCUAAUAAUGGUAAUCUAGCAUUCUGAGCAGGCUCACUUCACCUCAGCAGCAGCUGCCCACCUACUUUGCCCAUCAGAGCCAUCUUGUUCUGCCUGCCUGCCUGGCGGCAUGAUGGAGGAGCUGCCAAUCUUACUGAUCAACCCUAGUGUCCCUUGCCUACAUGCCUAUGUGUGAGUGAAAAAGGAUUGUCCUUAUUAUUAAAAAUAAGUGGUUUCCAGCUGUACAGGAUUUAAAGUUUAUAGAUAGACUAAGAUUAAAGAUUAGGAUUAAAGAAGUUGAAGGAAAUGGAAAUUUGGUAUUUAAGAGGUAAAAAUUUUAAUGCUAUAUUAUAUUAAGAUCAAAGAUUGGGAUUAAAAAAGUGGAAAAGAAAUUGCUGGACAAACAAUUUGGACUGGAAUACAAAAGAGGGAGGUAUGAGGAGGUCCAGAAAAUAAGUAAAUUUAAAAACGGAAAUGAUAAGGUGAUAUUGUUUUUAAUUGUUCUGGGGUUUUUUUUUAAUCUUUGUUUUUCGUUUUUUGUUUUCCGUGUUUUUUAUUCUUCUUUGGAUUAUGUACUGUGUAUUUGUGUACUUUUUUCUCUCUAUGUUUUCUUGUUUAAUCUUUUACUGAAAUCUUAAUAAAAAUCAUUUAAAAAAAAGAAAAAAAGAAAAAGGAUUGUCCUUUGCCAUUUGUGAGGUGGCCUCUUUUCUAUGUUUCCUGAGUAUGUUACAUGUUGAGUAUGUUGCAUGCGUGCCCGUAUAUUUUCUAUUUGUUAAAAGGCAGGGGCAGAAAGAGGUCGGCUGGCAAUUUGUUGCCCAGGGAAACUCAGGGUUGGCUUCAGUUGUUGACCUACAGAUGUAAUCCCUCCUGAUGUACUUUCAGCAAGCAAAAUAAAUACUAGUGCAGCAAGCUAACAAAAAUACUAUUGCGGGCUGCAACAAGAGGAAAUCUAGUAAUUAUGUGCACAGUGAGAUGCUUGUGACACCAUGUACUUCAUAUUUGCAAGACAACAAGCUAUUUGGAGGGCUACAUUUGGUCACUGUGACUAACCAACUGGAAGCCCUUGUAGGAUGACCUUAGGUAAGACUACCAAAGGACCUGUUGAUGCAGAACCCUUGCUUUCCAUGGAAUGCCUGCAAUGUUCUGAGGCAGCAGGAUGAGAGAAUUUUCUUUUACAUUAAGGGGACCCUUGGAAUACCUUGUCCAAGAGAUCUCCCCUAUCCUGGAGCUGCUAGUUUAGGGUUGUUGUAGAAGAAACUUUUCUUCAGGCACAUGCAAUCAAAAAAUAAUAAAAGAGAGACUGAGGAAGGGAAGUUUAAAUGAUUGGCAUAGCUAUACCUCCAAUUUAAAUGCAAUCUACAAAGAAAGAAGGAAAUAUACAUAUGCGUAAAGAAAACAAAAACCCAAUAAUUUAUUUAGAUAACUCAGUUGGCGUAAAUAUGAACCCUUCCUUCAUUAUUAGCUAACAAAUACAAAACUAACAUUCUCUAAAAAUUAACUUUCAGAUACCUGGUAUGUGAUAUUUCCAUGUCAGUAUGCAGUAGGCUGAAGCCAGCUUAGCUACCUAAGAGAGCUAGUCUGAGAUUUUGAGCAACACAGCAUAAGUUGUGUUACACUGCAUUUCCACAUAGUUUGCUAUUUGGUGAAGAAAUAAGAAUCUUGGACACUCUCAGUUUUUCCUUUGAGGCUGAGGGGGAAAGCUUAAAAGUGUGUGGGUAGCACCUAGUGAAUCACCAAAAGCUUGCUGCAGGAACUAGAGAAGUGGAAGCAUAAUUUCCAAACAAGACUUUUUUGAUGGCAUACAAAGGCAGCAAAACUUACAUGGGCAUAAUCCAGCUAGAAGCAUCAAUGGGUUGAAUCUUCUAUUAAUUAAAGGUUAAAAUGAAGUUUUAAAAAUACUGUAGGUGCUUUGUCAAAUGCCAGGGUGGUCAGUACCAUUGAUCUUGAAUUGUGCAUUUAAGGUUAUUUUUCUAAACUAGUUGGCUAGUUGCAUACAUCUGGAAGGAGAAGCUGAUAUUUCUUUGUGAUGCGUUCAAAGAGCUUGGUGCAACUUGAAAGUAGUGAAGGACAUUGGUGGAGGAGCUUGGCAGCAUUCAUUGAUUACAGGAAUCUGGUACAGGGGCAGGUAUAUUAUCACUACUUAGUCAUCCUGUGCUAUCUUGUUCUUAACUUUUGUGAUAUAACACACCAGCUCUCAGUCUUUUGACCCACUUUUCUCCAUGCCUGAGACUCCCCUAUCAGAUGCGUCCUUGCUGUACUGACAAGUUUCUGGCUGUUGUUUUCCUUUUUCAGACUAUAGCUAUAGGGCAUUGGUAGAGCACAUGCUUUGCAUAUAGAGGACCCAAGGUCCAGUAGUAGUAGUAGUAGUAGUAGUAGUAAUUUAUUUAUACCCCGCCCAUCUGGGCAGCUCUCAACAGAAUUAAAAGCACAAUAAAACACCAGACAUUAAAAACCUCCCUAAACAGUUCCCAGCAUCUACAGGUAGGGCUGGGACAGAGUCCUAUCUAAAGCCUGGGGAGCUGUUGGCAGUUACAGGGUGUGCAGUAUUGAGCUGUGGGGAUAAUGAUGCCUCUCAGAUAAUGCCCUAUGUGCAUGACAUACAUGCACAAUAAGCUGAGCACAGUGCAUGGGAUGGAAUUCCAAGGGAUGGCAAGCCUUUGACAACUGCCUAUAUUGUGGUGCUCCUUAAACUGUCACCCAAAGGCAGUAGCAUUCCUUAGACCUCAAGGGCUGAAACUCUGUGGCAGUGGGUGUGCACCUGGCUGCAUUUCCAGUUGCUGCUUGGAUUCGUCCUGAAAGUCAACAACUUAAAAGAACAGAAAGUGAUGGUUCCCCCAUUUCCCUUCCUUUUUUUCAUAGGAGUCGUGUUGGAUCUGCCUCGCCCAACUAACAUCACAUAUACUAUCAAUGAAAAUAACUGCCAGCUGAAUGUGACAUGGGCUCCUGUAAAAAUAGAAGAUGACUGCAAUCUACGGUAUGUAACUGCUAUAACCACCAGUGGAGAAUGGGGCCAAAAGGUAAGCUUUCAGGGUCUUCUGAUUCCAAGUCAGAAAUUGCCCUGCUGAAUUAUUACACAUACAAGAAUUGUGAUGAAAAGUAGGGCUUUGGGAAUUGAGAAGCAAAUCAGUGAUUUCAGACAAGACUUGUGGAAUCUAGAAAUCUGAUCUGUUUGAAUUGAUGGUGGCGUGACACUAAAGCUCUGCCAAGGGGGGGUAUAUAAGGAGAAGAGGGUCAAUCAGCCGCUUAUGCUGCAUUAAAUACAGUCUUUAUGGGUUAGCAUGGGUGGUGUUUCCUCUUUUAACCAUGGAAAGUUAAACUGGCAUGAUGUCCUGAGUGGUGUUCUCACAUGCAUUUGUGUGUGUGCGCGUGCGUGCGUGUACACACACACACACAUAUACACAAAUAUGCAUAAACACACAAGUGGCAUGAUCUUUUUCAACACUUGGCAAUCUUGAAGCAGGGAAAACACCAAUACGAGCAGGGGGUAACACAGAAGAGUCUUAAAGGGACACAAAAAUAAAGAUUUAAUGGUCCAACACAUUUUAAAUAUAUUAUUUCCCCAGGGCACCUAGAUGCAUCACACUGAGUCCUAUAUCAUUCUCAUUUACCAAAUACUACACAGUACUGUGCCUCUGAGAAGGGAUAUCUUAGAAAGCGAUGGGCCACUAACAACACAUUCUUAUACAUGUCUACUCAGAAGUAAGACCUACCGAGUGGAAUUUAUUUCCAGGUGUUAGAUUGCUGCUGAAUGUUUUUGCACCUUUUGAUACUCCAGCUCUCCUUUCUUUCUCCCUCUCUCACCAAACUUGGCAACUAGCAGUUGAGUGUGUCAGCUAGGGGUGGGGAAGGUUUUUUUGGCCUGCUGAGCAAGAUCUUUAUCCCUCCUACCCCCAUGGUUGGGUGGUUGCCACCUGUGAAAGUUGGCCUUUGAGAGGAGAUAAUUCAAAGGGCUGGCUCAGUCCAUGUGCAGCUCUUCUCAAACACCUGACAAUCAUCUGGCUGUUGGACAUUAGAGAAGAGGUGUUCUAAUAGGGUUGUCCUACAUCUGGGAAAUCUGGACAUGCCCUCUUUUGAGGGACCAACAUGCCCAUCCGAGCGGAGCUUUACAUUUUAAAGGAAAUGUCUGGGGUUUUUGGCUCAGGCUCCUAGGGCUUCUUGGCCUCAGGCUUGCUCAAGCUGCUCUGCACACCAUGGCCGCUGCCAGCCCAAUCCAGGGAAAGAGGUGCACAGGCUCUGUGGCCCUCCCACAUGCCUCUUUCCCUGGCUUGGGCUGGCAGCAGUUCAGGCUGUCCUCUUUUUUGUUCUUCAAGAUAUGGCAAUCCUAGUUCAAAGUGCUUUGCAAGCCCAGUGUUCAGUGCUUCCAGUACACCACAGGGGUUGCAAAACACGUAAUGAUCAGCUGGUUCUUGGGCACCUGGGGAGCACCACACAAAGGACCUUGAGGAGACUAUGUUAUCAGUGCCUGCAAAGCCCUUUUCAGCCAAGCCUUAACUGCCACACAUCCUGACAUCAUAGAUAGCAGGUGGGUGUGGCUUGCUCAAAAUGGCUUUGCAAAUCAAAUAGGGAAGACUGGUGGGCCAGAUUGGCCUACAGGCCAGAGGUUCCCCAUAUCUGGUGUCACUGACUUCUCUGCAACAUGCUAUCUUGCAAGUAAUGCCAACAUUCUGCCUGUGGGGUUAGAGAGCUCUGGUGGGUCAUUUGCACAUGCAAGUCAAGUGUGAUCAAGUAGUAUGCCCAGCUUUUCCAUGGCUUGAACUCAAGAUGACUUCCAAAACACGGCCUAAAACAAAUGGUAAAAUUAGGCAGUCCAAUAACAAAGAUAGCAAAAUCAUCUAAAUCAGGAGUAUCCUGCAUGGUGCCCUCCAAUUGUUGUGGACUGCAACUGGCAUCAUUCCUGACCAUUGACCAUACUGAUAGGAAUUGCAUUUGUGUGACUCCUGCAGUGUACUAUUGCCAUCACAGUUAUGGAAAGGCUUCUGUAUAACUUCACGGACAUUUAACUCUUUGGAGUGAUUUCUGUGAUUGGAUUGUGUGCAUUUCAAGUAAGAUGUGGAAAACUAAACUAGAAAAGACUAGUGAUAGCAGGAAAAGCACACGAGGGGAGUACCACAAUUCCUGCUGCUACUUAAACACAUUCAGCCUAACGGGUGCUGUACAGAAAUUAAAAAUUCCAAGGCCUUUCCCACAGGCUCAAAAUCUAAGAAGACAGUGAGGGAAAGGGGAAUAUUGUGUGCUAGCAAGAAGACAGAGUAAAAGAGAAUGCAAUAAUUAGCAAGAGUAGGAAAGUAUUAUGAUGAUUUUGAAAAAGAGAUCAUAAAUAGCACAAGGGAGUAAAGGGUUAAUAGAUGAGUGUUCCAUAAAUGGACUGUCAGGAGCAUAGAGAGAAAGCAACGGAGACAGAUAAAAAAUACAAAUACAAAAUAAUAAACGGGGGGAAAUAUAGGAAUGUAAUUUAAUUAAAGUGAACAUAAAGAAAAACAAGCAGAAUAAUUGAGACCAGAAAUAGAUAUAAUCUUGUGUAUGCCUCCACAAAAGUAAGCCUCAGUGACUUAAAUUACUUUGCUUUCUCCCAGGUGAGUGUGUUUAGAAAUGCAGCCUUUGGCUUCCAAGGAAACUGCUACUAGUAUAGUUGUACACAUAGAAUGUUUUACCAGUAGAAGCCUUAUGAUUUUUAUCCUAUGGAAUCGGGUUUAAAAAUUACUUUGUUUGAGAUUAGUAGUUUUUAAUACAUGUAUAUAUGAUUUCCCCUCCUUCCAAACAUAGGAAUGGAAUGUUCAAAAUUCCCGGACAGUGUUCAUACCUCUGGGUAAAAAAGUCAUUUUUGGAGUCGCCACUUCAUGUGAAGGACAGGGUGAUGGAGAGUAUGUUAAAAUCACUCUUUGUCAAAAUGGUAAGUUUUCAGACACUGCAUUCUAUAGAUUUAAAAAAUAAUUUUUAUUAAAGAAGUUCUUGGUUUACAAAAGUACAUGCAUUGUCUCUUCAGAUUUGUAUUAGACAUUUAUUUAUCAAAAAUUAUCAACUUAACAAAUCCAUAUUCGUACUCCAAACCAGAAAGCUUCUUGAGAUCCCCUGCCCAAGUUUUACGCCCAGUGCUACAUUUCCCUAAGUCCAGUCCUCCCCAACCCGGUGGCCUCCAGAUGUUUCAUUCUACAACUCCCAUCAGCUUAAACCACUCAGGCUAUUAAACAGACUGUGGGAAAUGUAGUCCAAUACAUCUGGAGGCCAUGAAGUUCAGAGACAUUGCCUUAGGCCUUUUCAUUCUCAGCAUGAGUUUGCUCAUUCUCGACCAGCCACAGAAGUAUCAUGUGCAUUAGACGUGCAGGGAUUGGACACUGUUUGAUAGCACUCUUUAAACCCCUUCUGGUUGGCAGCGCUGCAGAUAAACUGCAGGUUACAUGCAUGGUAUGGAGAAAAUGUAGAAUGGAGCGUGUUCCUCCCUUUCUCAAUAGAACAAUCUGGGAUUAUUCAAUUAAAAUGCAUGGUGGGAGAUUGAGGACAGGGAAAAGGAAGUACUGUUCAUACAGCACCUAGGUAAACUAUGGAACUUGCUACUACUAGAUGCAGUUGUAGCCACCAACUUAGAUGCCUUUAAAAGGGCUUAGACAAAUGAAUGGAAAAUUAAGGCUCUCAGUGGUUACUUGUCAUGAUGGCUGUGUAUUACGUCAUGUAGGAAUAUCAGUUGCUGGGAAGUAUGAGCAGGAAAGUGCUUUGUGCUCAACCCUCAUGGGCUUUUUGCAAAGUUCUGCAAACACAGGAGUUUUCCCUGGCAUGCUGAUGCUUCCCUUUUGUUACUCCGUUGCCCCAUUUUGAUCUCCAUUUCAGUCAGCAGUCAUCCUGGGGGCCCGAGGGGUUGGCAUGGGUGUGAUGGUUAAGACUAAAACAUUCCAACACGUUUUCAGAAUUGACAAAAUGCUCUGAAAUACAUGGAUGGUACUUGGUGAAUUCUCUGCUGCAAGAAAGGGCUGGGGAUGGUUGAACCUUCCCAUUCCAUAUAUCUGAUAAUUUCCUGCCCCACCCCUAAAUUAAGCCUUCAAGCACCAAUCAUUACUAUAGAAUGAAGUACACAAAGUAAAUGUUUUCAGGUGGGUUUAAUUUGCAUGACCUAGCCUAAAUUAGGAAUUGUGGAAUUUUGCUAGUUCAAAGCCUUUGAGUCUUGCUGUGCUUGAAACCCAAUUUCUGGGCUCCAGCAGUACUGCUUUGCAGGCAAGUUAGGGCCACAGUUUCAGAAGCUCACUGAAGAAGGAGGAAUGCUUAGUUAAAGCCAGGUACUUGAUGCAACCAAUCCUGCUUCUGAUGCUUUUGCUUCCUAGGUAUUGCAGGUACAGGAGCCACUAAAAUCCUAUGUAUGUGGUACAAUAUGAAGUACAUGAUGUGCUCAUGGCAGCGUGGAGAGAAUGCAAGUCCUAACACAACCUACAAAUUGAAUUACUGGUUUGUACUUAAUUUUUUCUUUUAUUUCCAUUGUGUAGGGAAUUUGGGAACUCGGCCCUCUCUCUUUCAGCGCAGAGCUGUGAGGGAUUUUAAUCAAACAUUCCUCAGUUUGGAAAUCCCUUUGGGAAACAUGAUGAAAAUUGUUUUGAAUCAUAAAAUCAUAAAAUUGUAGAGUUUGAAGGGACGCCAAGGGUCAUCUAACACAACCCCCUACAAUGCUGGAAUCUCAACAAAAGCAUCCAUGACAGAUGGCUAUCCAACCUCUACUUAAACCUCAAAUUAAGGGGUGUCCACCACCUUUCAAGGUAGUCUGUUCCAUUGUUGAACAGCUUAUACUGUUGGAAAGUUCUUUCUUCUCUUUUGUUGUAACUUGGUUUGAGUCCAUUGCUUUAAGUAUUAUCCUCCAGAGCAGGAGAAAAUAAGCUUGCUCCAUCUUCAAUGUGACAACUCUCAAGAUAUUUGAAGAUGGCUCUCAUGUCUCCUCUCAGUUUCCUCUUUUCCAGGCUAAACAUACCCAGCUCUCUCAACCGUUCCUCAUAAGGGCUUGGUUUCCACACCCUUAAUCAUCUUGGUUGCCCUCCUCUGCACACACUCCAGCUUGUCAACAUCCAUCUUAAAUUGUGGCACCCAGAAUUAGGCACAGUAUUCCAACUGUGGUCUGACUAAGGCAGAAUAAAGGUAAAGGGACCCCAGACCAUUAGGUCCAGUCGUGACCGACUCUGGGGUUGCGGCGCUCAUCUCGCUUUAUUGGCCGAAGGAGCCAAUACAGCUUCCAGGUCAUGUGGCCAGUAUGACUAAGCCGCUUUUGGCGAACCAGAGCAGCGCACGGAAACGCCGUUUACCUUCCCGCCGGAGUGGUACCUAUUUAUCUACUUGCACUUUGAUGUGCUUUCGAACUGCUAGGUUGGCAGGAGCAGGGACGGAGCAACAGGAGCUCAGCCUGUCGCGGGGAUUCGAACCGCCGACCUUCUGAUCGGCAAGCCCUAGGCUCUGUGGUUUAACUCACAGCGCCACCCGCGUCCCAAGGCAGAAUAAAGUGGUACUAUUACUUCCCUUGACCUGGACACUAUAUUUCUGUGGAUGCAGCCUAGAAUGUCAUUAGCUUUUUUUGCUGCUGCAUCACACUGUUGACUCAUGUUAAGUUUGUGGUCUACCAAGGCCCCCUAGAUCCUUCUCACAUGUACAACUGGCAAGCCAGGGGUCCCCCAACUUAUAUUUGUGCAUUUAGUUCUUCCUGUCUAAGUGCAAAACCUUACAUUUGUCCAUAUUGAAAUUCAUUUUGUUGGUAUGGGCCCAGUUCUUCAAUGUGUUAAGGUCAUCUUGAAUCCUGAUUCUGUCUUCUGAGGCAUUAGCUACCCCUCCGAGUUUGAUGUUGUCUGUAAAUUGGAUGAGCGUCACCUCCAUUCCUUUGCCCAAUUCAUUUAUAAAGGCAUUGAAUAACAACAGGCCCAGGGCAGAACCCCACUGCACCCCACUUGUCACUUUUUCUAGGAUGACACGGAAUCAUUAAUGUGCACUCUAUAUAUAUGUGUGUGUGUGUGUGUGUGUGUGUGUGUGUGUGUGUUUCCCCUUUUCCAUUCACAAGGGUCAUUCUAGACACAGCCAAAUUUUUACAUUAGAACCUUGUCUUUCUAAAUAAUCAUUCAAGCACUUCUGUUCCUUCUUGACUGUAUUCAUUGGCUUUAGUCUUAUUAUAUCCGUCAAUUUGGCCAGUUCCAAAUAUUCACAUAAUUUACAUAACCAUUCCUCUUUGGUCGGUACCUGGUUACCCUUCCAGUACUUAGCCACUAGGAUUCUCGCCACUGAUGUCGUGUACAGAAAGAAUUUAGUAUUUUCUCUAGAAAUAUACCUAUUCAAUAUUCCCAAGAGGUAUGUUUCUGGUCUUUUGCUAUGUGAAGUUCUUAGUAACUUUUUUAUUUCUUCCUGGAUCAUGUCCCAGAACUUUCUGAUCUAUGGACAUGUCCACCACAUAUGGUAAAGGGUUCUGCUUUGUGCAUCUCCAGCACUUAUUACUAAGUGAUUUGUUCAUUUUAGCCAAUCUCUCCGGUGUUAAAUACUAUCUAUGGUGCAUUUUCAGGUAGUUUUCUCUUAUUAAAUAACAUACUGUAAAAUUAAUAUUUUUUUGUCCACAGUUUUUUCCACUCUUUAUAUUCAAUUACAUAACCUAAGUCCUGCUCCCAUCUUAUUAUGGCCUUUCCCUUUUCCUCUUUUUCUAUUUGAGCAUUCUGUAACAGUUUGUAUAUUUUGGAGAGAGUCUUUUGGUUGUUCUGUAAAAUCUCCUCUAAGAUCUAUGCUUUAUUAUCAAACCUUUUUAACGUCUUAUCUUUUUCAAAGGUCACCCUAAACUGGUAUUAUUCUAGCCAAUUUACCCCUAGUUGUUUGAGUUCUUCAAACCUUUUCAGUUUGGGACAAUAAUUUAUCUCAUCCACGAAGUCUCUGUAAGUUGGCCAGUUAUUGUUCAUGUUAUUCUUAUGAAUGGCAGUUGACUCUAUAGGUGAUAUCCACCAAGGGGUUUUUGUUAUAACUUUGGAUUUAUUCCUCUCCCAAACUUCGAAUAAGGCCUUCCUCACUAGGUGGACAUCGGUAUUCCUAAGCAACAUCCAGUCUUUCAACCAAGUCCAGCAUGCGGCCUCAAAGUACAUUCUGAGGUCCGGGACUGCAAAACCUCCUCUUUCUCUGAGUUCCGUCAACAAUUUAAAAUUCAUUCUUGCUUUUUUGCCCUUGCCAAAUAAAACUGGCCAGGUCCCUCUGCCAGUCUUUAAAACAUUUUGUCCCAAUAAUUAUUGGAAUUGUCUGAAAGAGAAAGAGGAUUUUGGGAAGUACUGUUAUUUUAAUCAUUGAUAUUCUGCCACAUAAUAACAGCUUCAAUUGACUCCAAUUUUCUAAAUUUCCUUUAAUUUCCUUCCAUUUUUUGAUGUAAUUGCCUUUAAAUAAAUUAGUGUUUUUAUUUGUAAUCCAUACCCCCAGAUAGUUUACUUUGUUUGUGGUCUUUAGACCUGUUAUUCUUGCUAGGUCUUCUUGUUCCUUCUCUCCCAUAUUUUUUGUUAAUAAUUUAGAUUUAUCUUUAUUCAGUUUAAAUCCCCAAACCUCGCCAAAUUCAUUCAUUUUGACUAGUGCUUUUUGUAUGCCUUCAUUUGGGUUUUCAGUAGUAAUAAUCACAUCAUCAGCAAAUGCCUUCACCUUGUAAUAUCGGCUACCUAAAUUAAUGCCCCUUAUUUCCUGAUCUUUCCUUAUUGCUAUUAAGAGAGUCUCUGACGUUUUGAUAAAUAAGAGUGGGGACAAGGGACAACCUUGUCUAAUCCCUCUUUCUAUAUUAAAUUCUUCAGUGAUUUCAUUAUUUAUAAGUAUUUUGGUUUUCUGGUUGUCAUAGAUUGCCCUAAUUCCAUUCAUGAUGUUGUUUCCUGUUCUCAAGCUCUCAAAAGUUUUAAUUAAGAAGUUCCAUGACACACUGCCGAAAGCCUUCUCCACAUCUACCAGUAGCAUUGCUACCUUUUUGCUUGGUUUCAUUUCUGUAUAUUCCAGUAAGUCAAUAAUUAUCCUUGUAUUAUUUCUUAUUUGCUUCCCCAGCAAAAAGCCAGCUUGAUCAUUUCCUAUUACCCCGUUUAAGAAAUUUUUCAACCUGUUAGCCAGGAUACCUGUAAAUAUUUUAUAAUCCAUGUUUAGUAGUGAAAUUGGUCUAAAAUUCUUAAUAAGGUUCAGAUCCGUAUCUUGUUUCGGUAAGAGUGUUAUUAGUGCUUCAUGCCAGGAUUCUGGGGUUUUCCCUUUCUCCAGUAUCUCAUGCAUGAUUUUUUUAGGCUUAGGGAUAACUAUUUCUUCUAAUUUUUUAUAAUAUAUUAUUGAAAUCCCAUCCGGACCUGGCGAUUUUCCAACUUUCAUUUUCCUUAUCACUUCUUUAAGUUCAUCUGUUUCUACAUUUGAAUUUAGUAGGCUAUGUUCAGCCUCCUCAGUCUCUGGCAACUUGUUUUCUAUCAGGUAUUUUUAAACUUUAUUCUCAUCUUUGUGUUCUAGUUCAUAUAGUUUUUUGUAAUAAUUCAUAAAUUUAUCUUUAAUUUGGUCCGGGUCGAUAAUUUCUUUUCCCUGGUCUGUUAUUUUAUUUACAACUCUUUCCACUUGUCUUUCCUUUGUUAACCAGGCCAGCAUCUUGCCAGGUUUAUUGGCCGAUUCAAAUUAUCUUUGUCAGUCCAUUUGAUUUUGUUUUCCACUUCUUUAUUUAUUAAAUUGUAAAAUUUUUAUGUUUUGGAGUAUUUUCUCAUUUUUAGGGUUUUUUACCAACUCUUUUACAUUUUCUCUAAUCUGUUUAUUUAUUUCCAUGAUAUUACUCUCUUUACUCUUCCUAAUCCUCCCCAUUUGUUGUAUUCCAAAGCCUCUCAUAUAGGCUUUGCUUGCAUCCCAGAUUAUUUUCCUAUCUGUGACUUGUUUUUCAUUUAUUUCAAAGAAUUCUUUCAGCAUUUCUUUGGCUUUAAUUACCCUUUGAUCAUCUCUCCAUAAUUCAUCAUUCAUCCUCCACCUCCCCCUUGUACGUUUUUUAAAUUUCCUAUGUAUCGUUACUGCGUUGUGGUCUGACAGGGAUCUAUUCAAAAUUUCUGCUUUCUCCAAGCUCAGUGUCAAUUUUUUUGAAGUCCAGAUCACAUCAAUUCUCCCACCUGACUUUUUAACUUCAGAAAAAUGUGUGAUAUCUUUUACGUUAGGAUGUUUAAUUCUCCAAGUAUCAUAAAGAUUGAACUUUUCUGUCAUUUGGAAGAAGAAUGGUAAUCUACCUGAGUUAGAUAGUCUAUCUCUGUCCUUUCUAUCCAUUUUGAUGGAUGCAACUCCAUUUAAGUCCCCCAUAAUUAUUAUAUUUUCACUGGCAUAGUCCCAGAGUCUCUCUUCUAAGUUUGUAUAGAAUUCUAAUUUGUUAUUGUUUGGGGCAUAAAUCCCCACCAAAAUUAUUUUUUCUUCAUUUAUUUGUAUCUCUACCCUUAGGACUCUGCCUUCUUCAUCUUGAAAUAACAGUUGCGGGUUUAGGACUGGUUUUACGUAGAUGACCACUCCCCUCUUUUUCUCCAUACCUGAUGCUAUAUACUCUAGACCCAAAUUUUUAUUUUUUGAAACCCUUAUAUGCUUAUUAGAUAUAUGGGUCUCUUGUAAACAUAUAAUAUCCCAUUUCCCCCCUCUUUAAUAUACAUUCUUCUUUGUUCCUUUUUAGUUUACUGUUCAGCCCAUUCAGUUUCCAGGAGAUACAUUUAAAUGCCAUACAAUUUUUUUAAUUUGUCAAGUCUUACUUAAGUAAUCAAGCGGUGAUAGAAAGAAGAAAAAAAGGAUAAAGGAAAACAGAAAAUACAAAUCGUAAUUAAAAGUCUUAGUCUUAUCUUGUUUUUAUUUUCUCACUCUUGAAGCUUCUCUCCUCCUAACUCUUGCCAGUACUUCUUCCAGAGGAUUCUGGUUUCUUCCACCGAUCUGAAAGUUCUUUUCCUCUCUUUAUAUAUAAAGGUGAGUCCCUGAGGGAAUUCCCAUUUGAAUAAUAUUUUGUUUUUCUUAAGCGCCAAUGUAAAUCUAUAAUUGUCUCUCCUUUUUAACAGAUGGAUUGGGACUUCUUUCAUGAUCUCAAUAUGUUUCCCAUCUAUAUACAAGGGGUUUGCUCUACCCUUUAGCAAUAUUUUACUCUGUGUAGCCUCGAGUUCAAAAAUACUAGACAAUCCCAUGGUCUUUUCCUGCUUUUUGACUUGUUCACUCUUAUUCUAAAUAUUUUCUCGAUAUUAAAUUGGGGGGGGGACCUUCUUCGUUGUCAGUUUUAAAUUAAUGGAGAGUUCAGCGCUGACUCGCCGGGUUUUGAGGUGCCAGCGUUGGAGAGUGGUUCUGCCUGUUUGCGCUGAGGUUUUCCCCCAUGCCAUCUCCACUGGUAAAUGUUUUAAAUAACAAAGGAGCGGAAACUUGGGAAAACCCCUUGAUGCUUUGGGCUCAGCCCUCAGGAUCCCCACCUGAGGUCGGGGUAACUUACGCCUCUCGUUCCCCAUGGUCUCUCUCCGGUGUUGGGCCUGCCUUGAGUUGCCAGGAGCGCAGUCCCUCACCCGGUCACUGAACAUGCUGCUCCGGAAGUCUGCCGCUUUGCUUCCUAAGGUCACUUGUUUUGAUAUCAGCAUUUUUCUAUCUUCUCUAUGCAGAGGACCUACUGCUUUCUUUUUCUUCCUCUUGCUUCAAGCAUAGUGGAAGAAACAUUUAUUAAUUAUUUUUAACCUCUUGCAAGCCUUCUUUCUGCAACUUAACUGCUCCCCUGUAACUGUUGGCUACUCUGUAUACGCUUCCUUCUUGAUUUCCCCUGUCUCAACUCAACUGUAAGCUCCUCAUGCAGCCGCACCAGACAUCUUUUCUUUCUUGUUGGAAUUGUCUGCAUUUGAGCCUUCAGUUUUUCACCUUUAAAAAACUCCUAAUUACUUUGGACUCCCUUCUCUUUGAGUAUUUCUGACCAUGGAAUUUUACCCAGUAGCUCCUUAAGCUAAUAAUAAUGCGGGGGGGGGGGGGGGAGUAAUAAUGGCCAGUGAAAAAAUGGAGUUUCCCUUUUCAAGUAGAUGGAGAGUGACUGGAUACAGUGGCUGUUUUACAGCUUCCUUUUACCUUGAAUAUAAAGGUGGGGGAGAGGACUAGGUGGCACCAAUAACAAUCCAAAAUCUAAGACUACCACAAAGCAUCACUGCACUUCAUCCUUGUUUUCUGUUGCCUUAAUAGUACAGGAGUGCAAACAUGUUGACCUGCUACCAUCCUGACUUUUAGGUGUGCUGAUGUUGCUUCCUCUUGCCCCCAAGGUAUAUUGAUCAGGAUAGAGGAGGGCCAUGCACACAUUACACUAAAAAAGGCGAUGACUUUCGAUGCACUUUCGACACAAACCUUUAUUGGCCUCCAGGACUCAGCAUUUCUAUCCAGGGCAACUCCAGAGACAUUCAGCCUGUGUGUAUAAUGAAUAAAUUACCAGAAGUAUAUGGUAAGUUUACAAGCUGCUUGGCUAUAGGUCUGUUUCAUGUGAAAAGGCUUGGGAUUGGAAAUGGUGUUGCAGUUUCUAAUGGUCUGCUGGCAUAUUUAAAAUAGCCUCUUUUCCCCAUUUAAAAGGCUUCUGAAUGAUGCUGUGGUGGCCAUUCUCCACCGGGAAUUCCAACUAGUAGAUUGAGAAGAAUUCUCCUUAUCUUUACGUUCUGAUGGAACUUGGUGGAGGAUAUCAUUUCUUAGUUGCAUUGGGCUCAGGCUAUCAAUAAGUCAUUGCCAUUAACUCACUCUGAGCCCGCAAAACAACUGAAAGUAUAAGCAAUAGAGCUCCUGGAUGACCCUAAUUUACUAUGCCUUAACUCCCAGAACAUGGCCCAAAGGCAGCACAAUGCAGCAGCCUUGCUGAAGCUAAGCAGGUUUGGUUCUGGCCUGGCUGAGAUUACUUAGGAAGCCAGUGUAUGCCACCUUGAGUCCCAUGGAAGAAAGGUGGGGUAUAAAUGUCAAAAUACUGAACGGGCAACCAGAGCUUUUGGGGAAAAAAUAACCAGGAGCAGGGGAAUCAUCCCAAAGAAUCAUCCCCCCUGAUUUGAGGGAGUUGCUGGCAUACUUCCACACUAAACAAGUCACCAUCACAUAAUAGUCGCAUCCCCCUUUUUCUGGCCCCCAAAAUGGUCCCAGAGCAUUCCCUGCAUAACAGUUGCAGAGGUAUUUUCACUGUGCAUUCUCUUACUGGCCAAAGGCAACGGGAGCAGGCAGUCAGGCAAGCGGGUGGGAGAAGCUGCCAUCAGUGAGGCAUGAGAAACUGGGAUCUGAACUGUACAGUGGAUAGAUUAACCCGCAAAACAAACUUGUUUCCAUAAUGGCCAUGCCUCACAGGUUUUUCCCCGACAUCAUGUUUUUCCUUGUGUAAUAGUUGCACCCCCCUUUUUGCAAACGAAUAAUCUGCACAGAAAGUGUGACCGUUACACAAUAAAACACCGUAGUUAGGAGGAAAGAGCUUGAGAUAAGGUAUAUGCAAGAGGCAAGACUUGGGUGAGUCUGGAUGAGUAGAGGAUAUACUUACAUUAGAACUCCCCGCAGGGAAAGGGCUCACCUAUUUCUCCAGGUAAGGCUGGGAAGGACUCCAGGCUGAAACCCUGGAGAGCUGCUCUCAGACAAAUAUCAAGCUAGAUGGACCCCAAUGGUUUGUAGAUUGUGUCUUCUCUCACCGUGGUACUAGGUGGGUUACACCUCGUAGAUAAUAUUUGGAGUGUGUUUUAUUUUACAGCUCACAAAUAUGCUACCAUUGAGUUAAUGUUGGAUUUUAAAAAUAUAUAAUUGUAUGUGUGUUUUCUUUUUGACUUCAGAAUUUCUAGUAAAACCUGAUCCUCCAUUGAUUGUAAAGCCCAAAAGGAGCAAUGAAGGAGUUAUUCUACAGUGGACUGAACCAAGGGGCUUGAAUGACAUGUGCUAUCAACUAGAAAUUAAUAACAAACUGGACCCAGAAGUAAGUUGCUCUAGUAUCCACCAUGUAAUCUACUUUAGAUAGCAGACUGGUGGCACCUUGAAGGCUAAGAGAUUUCUUAUAACACACACAUAUAUAAUUAUAUACAGUGGUACCUCUGGUUGCGAACGGGAUCCAUUCCGGAGCCCCGUUCGCAACCUGAACAGAAUGCAACCCGCGUCUGCACAUGUGCGGCUCACGAUUCAGCGCUUCUGCACAUGUGCAUGAUGUCAUUUUGCGCGUCUGUGCAUGUGCAAGCGGCAAAACCCGGAAGUAACCCUUUCCGGUACUUCUGGGUCGCCGUGGGACAUAAUCUGAAAGAAUGUAACCCGCAGCGUUCGCAACAUGAGGUAUGACUGUAAUAAUUAACACCUAUAUAUCCAGUGCCAGGAUAUUUGUAGUCCUCAGUAGUGCUUUAUGAGUGGUUGCUGUGUUUAUUUUAAAACAUCUAAGCUUCAAGUCUGUCUAUUUUUUUAAUUUCCCUGUCAUGACAUUGGUUCCAUUUCCCCCUCUACAUUUGUGUGUGUGUGUGUGUGCACCUACCUGCCAGCUGAAGAUCACACUUCAUGCAUUAGUGAAGCAGACUUUGGUCCAUGAAAACUUACGCCUUGAGAAUUUUGUUAAGUUCUUUAAGGUGACAUGACUGUAUUGCUGCAGUAGACCAAAGCAGUUCCACUUCUGGAAACUAUUAAAAAAGUUAACUAGAUCUGAUGUGAGUGAGCAUUGACAAAUAAACCCUAAUUUCUGGCUUGGUGCGCAGUGUCAUUCACAUAUAGAUGACACACAGUUCCCUCUCUGCAUUCUGUCUGAGUCAAGAGAGGGUAGGCAGUUCUGGGCCAGUGUCUGGGGACAGUGGUAGGCUGGAUGCAUUUCCCCUGAGCAAAGAGAAAUGUGGUUUAGGGGUUCUCCUUGAUUUGAAACGGUGACUAGAGGAUCAGUUGGCUUUAUUAGCAAGCAGUGCCUAUGCCCAGCUCCAGCUGGUUCACCCGCUAUAGCUGUUCUUGGACUUAAAUAGCCUUGCCUUGGUAACCUACAUUUAAUCAUUUUCUUAGUCAGCUUCACAUGAAUAGCUCGGUAUUCUACAUUGGGGUGGGGGGAUGUCUUGUGAAGGAUUAAUCUACCCAAUCAUUUCUGGGGAAAGGUCUAAAUUAAACUUUUUGUCUCCACUAGUGGAGGGAAUAAUAUCUAUUUUAAGUCUACUGGAAUAAUAGACUAAUGAAAUAAUGGAAACAAGAAGAACAGAAAGUAUCUGAGAAAGAAACAUUCCUUGUUUUUGUUUCUAUCUCAAAUGAACAAGUUCAGGGGUCAGCAUACUUUUUCUGCAGAGGGCCGGUCCACUGUCUCUCAGACCAUGUGGUGGGCCGGACUAUUUUUUUGGGGGGGGGGAGGAAUGAACAAAUUCCUGUGCCCCACAAAUAACCCAGAGAUGCAUUUUAAAUAAAAGGACACAUUCUACUCAAGUAAAAACACGCUGAUUCCUGGACCGUCCGCGGGCCAGAUUUAGAAGGCAUUUGGGCUGGAUCCGGGCCCCGGGCCUUAGUUUGCCUACCCAUGAACAAGUUCAUACAACACAGGAUACAUAAUAUUUGUCUCCGAUGCGCCCUCUCCAAUUGCAUGGAGCCUGGACAGCCCCGUGGUUUUCCACGGAUCUGAGGGCAAUGAAACAAUCACUGAGACGGCUAGAGCACCGGUGGCGGAUGACUUAUUCUGAAGCUGACCGGACAUGGGUUGGAGCUCAAUGUCGAGCCUACCAAGUGGCAGUAGUGACAACGAAGAAGACUUUCUUCACCACCUAUAUUCCAUCUGCAGAAAACAGCAGCAGGAGACUCAGGUGGUUCGCAAUUUAGCGGAACCACCUGCUACAUUGGGGCCCAGUACAGGCCACAUGAUCUCCUGCAAAAAAUUUUGCAGGUAAAGUCGCUCAGAUUCAGGAAGAGGUAGACUCCACAGUGGGAGCAGGGCCGGGGUGGGAGAGUGCUAGACUCCUGUCUAGUCAAGUUGCGUGGGAUCAGUUCCAAUCUGUUACCUCCGAGGAUGUGGUCAGGCUGCUUGGACAAGUGAAACCAACUUGUCUCCUUGACCCUUGCCCAUCCUGGCUUAUAAAAGCUAGCUGGGAAGGGCUGGGCGGUGGGCUUCACGGGGUGUUGAAUUCUUCUCUUUGUGAGGGAGACCCGUUGAAAAAGGCGGUUAUCAAACCGCUUCUUUAAAAACCAUCUUUAGAUGCAGCCAAUAUGGCCAACUAUCGCCCAGUCUCAAAUCUUCCAUUCUUGGGCAAGCUGAUUGAGCGAGUGGUUGCUGAACAACUCCAGGCACGCCUGGAGGAUGCGGACCAUUUGGAUCCCUUCCAAUCGGGAUUCAGGCCUCAUCAUAGGACUGAAACUGCCUUGGUCGUGCUGGUCAAUGAUCUCUGGUGGGCUAGGGACAAAGGUGAGAGCUGUUUCCUAGUUCUGCUGGAUCUCUCAGCGGCCUUUGAUACCAUCGACCAUAACAUCCUUCUGGACCGUCUAGAGGGGCUGGGAGCUGGGGGCACUGUUAUACAGUGGUUCCGCUCCUUCCUCCUGGGCCAUGUUCAGAAAGUGGUGGGGGGGGAUGAGUGUUCAGAACCCUGGGCUCUCACUUGUGGGGUGCCUCAGGGUUCUGUCCUCUCCCCCAUGCUUUUAACAUCUACUUGCAGCCACUGGGAGAGAUCAUCAAGGGGUUUGGGCUGGGUGUUCAUCACUAUGCGGAUGAUACACAGUUCUACCUCUCUUUCAAAUCAGAACCAGUGAAGGCGGUGAAGGUCCUGUGUGAGUGUCUGGAGGCAGUUGGAGGAUGGAUGACGACUAACAGAUUGAGGUUGAAUCCUGACAAGACAGAACUACUCUUUUGGGGGGACAGGAGGCAGGCAGGUGUGGAGGACUCCCUGGUCCUGAAUGGGGUAACUGUGCCCAUGAAGGACCAGGUGCGCAGCCUGGGAGUCAUUUUGGACUCACAGCUGUCCAUGGAGGCGCAGGUCAAUUCUGUGUCCAUGGCAGCUGUCUACCAGCUCCAUCUGGUACGCAGGCUGAGACCCUUCCUGCCCGCAGACUGUCUGGCCAGGAUGGUGCAUGCUCUGGGUAUCCCUCGCUUGGACUAUUGCAAUGUGCUCUAUGUGGGGCUACCUUUGAAGGUGAUCCAGAAACUACAACUAAUUCAGAAUGCGUAAGCUAGACUGGUGACUGGGAGCGGCUGCCGAGACCACUUGAAAGACCUACACUGGCUCCUAGUACGUUUCUGAGUACAAUUCUUCUGCGAGAAGCCAAGUUACAGGGAACCAGGCAGAGGGGCUUCUCGGUAGUGGCACCUGCCCUGUGGAACACCCUCCCACCAGAUGUCAAAGAGAAAACUACCAGACUUUUAGAAGACAUCUGAAGGCAGCCUUGUUUAGGGAAGCUUUUAAUGUUUAAUAGAUUAUUGUAUUUUAAUAUUCUGUUGGAAGCCGCCCAGAGUGGCUGGAAAAACCCAGCCAGAUGGGCAGGGUAUAAAUAAGAAAUUAUUAUUAUUAUUAUUAUUAUUAUUAUUAUUAUUAUUAUUAAUUUGGUACUCAGACAUUUUGCACCGAAACAAAGCGCACUCAUCCCCCACCUUCAAACACAUGACCAACUAUCUUUAAGGCUACAGACCACACUUGAUCAAUACAAUCCUAGCCUCACAGAAUCAGUCUACCAACAAAAUCUAUGAAACCACUUGGAAGGCAUUCUCAUGGUGCUGCAGGCACAAACAGGCAGCAAACAGAAAUCUGGUACAGAAGAACUACUUAAGCUUCUCUAAUGGCAGAUUUCUACACUUAUCUCACUGCUUGUCACAAGGAGUAAGGGUGGUCACCCAACCUGUGUCAUUUCCUUUAGAUAGAAUGCACCUUUGGUUACGCACAUCCGGCAUGCGCAACUCUCCUUCCUUUGGACGGGUGGGAUUGGAACGAAAACGUGGUAGUGACACCCCUGCUCCCAGAGACCAGAGGGCCAAUUAACAAUUUGCAGGACGCCCUCCCACUUUCAGGUGGAAGGAAUACUCACAAUUAAGGCCAGUGCUCCAUUUUUAAGCUCGCAAAGACUCGUUUUCAAGCUGCCUCUCUGUGGAUAUGAUUUUGUUCAACUUCCUGGGCAGGAAUCUGACACGUUUGCCACAUAGGCAAACAGAGAAUUCCUGUUUUAUAUUUUAAAGCAGGCCUGUCAGAAGUAUCAUAUGUGAAAUCCGUUUCAAUCAAAAGCAAUUCUUCAAAGCUCUUGUAUGUUUUAAAUCUACAGCACAUCAACUCAUUUAGUGGGUUAGAUGUGUUAGGCUGUUGGUUUUCAUUUUUGUAUUACGGUAUGUUGUGAGUUUAUUUUUCAUUAAAAUAAAAUAAACAAUAUCACCAAUAGAUUAUACAAACAAUUUUUUGUUGUUCUUUGAAGAUUUACAGGUCACGUAACAAUGUAACACUCACUCUCAAGAGUAAACAAUACUACACUUUCCGGGUGAGAGCCAGGACUUCUAAGACCAACUGUAAGCGCACACAUGAUCCCUGGAGCGAGUGGAGCGAGGCAGUAGAAGUAGGUGAGAAGAAACUUUGUAAGACUCUUGGUAAUGAACUGCUGAGCUGACUGUAUGAACCAAAUCAAAAGAACUAGAUCUCUGCACAGAUUUUAUAUUUAUAGGUUACAAAUAAAUUCUAAUCUGGUAGAAGGUCAGUGCUUCACAGUGCAUCCCGCUACUUGGCAAAGACCCAAGUUUCUUUCCUCCGGUACAACUUCAUUUGCUGACAUCUGGCAAAGCUGUCUUUGGAAACCCUUUAAUUAAAAUUGUUGUUCCUGUACCCCUGAAAUUCCCUGAAAUUGCUAAUGUCUUAACCCAGGGUAUCUCAAACAGUAGACCGCUUUCAGAUGAGCCACUGUGUGCAACCUUCCCAGGGCCUCCUCACUUGCAUACUCUCCCCGCCCCCCCGUGGCUGUACCACACACUGCCUCUUAGUUGGUCCCGUGCUGGCACCAGCAACCCCUUGCAUGUUGAGUAAAGAGAACCUGGAGCAGGGAAGGUCUGCUGGAUAAAUUUAAAAGGGUAUCUAGGCUGGAGCUAUCCCUCCCAGAAACCCAAAAGAAAAUACAAGUGAAAUACAAAUGUGCUUUGGGACAGCCUCAAAAAUAAGGAGGAGGCUGUAAAGAACCAUAUCCAAAUGUGCUGGAACAAACAGUCACUACAUACAGUGUACCAUAAAAGGUAAAAUUAAAGGGACCCCUGACCAUUAGGUCCAGUCGUGACCGACUCUGGGGUUGCGGCGCUCAUCUCAUUUUACUGGCCGAGGGAGCCGGCGUACAGCUUCCGGGUCAUGUGGCCAGCAUGACUAAGCCGCUUCUGGCGAACCAGAGCAGCGCAUGGAAACGCCGUUUACCUUCCCGCCAGAGUGGUACCUAUUUAUCUACUUGCACUUCUUGGAUGUGCUUUCGAACUGCUAGGUUUGCAGGAGAAGGGACCGAGCACCGGGAGUUCACCCCAUGGUGGGGAUUCAAACCGCCGACCUUCUGAUUGGCAAAAAAAAAAAAAAAGGGACACGGGUGCCACUGUGGGUUAAACCACAGAGCCUAGGACUUGCCAUAAAAGGUAGGCAGGCACAAUUCUUUUCAUUUUAGCUAGGUCAUAAACUCAAAAGAAAAUGGAACCAGCAAAAUGAUGAGUUUUAGGAAAUUACUAUUUUCUCCAACAUUCCCUCUGUUUUUUGAAAGGAAGAUAGUUCCGGAUUCAUUUCAACAUGGUACCUUGUUUUGGCAGAAUAUUUGUUACUCACAAAGGAGAAAGUACUGAUCCCACAUAACAAGUACCAUACUAAUAUGGGGAAAACAGUCAGACACACUCUCUUACAUAUCCAAUAGCGGCCUGGAAUCAGUCACUGGAAUACAAAAACGACAUUGGUAUUUCAUGAACAUAAAUAAAUAAUAGGGAAUCAGGUUCUCUAGGCUUUUUCUUUUUCUUUGGUGGGCAUGAAUGCUCAAAAGUGUGCAAAUCACUAGCACUUGCACUCUGAUACCUACUAUCUUCCAAACAGCUAUUUGUAAAGGAUUCAGCCAUCUGGGCUUAGCAAAUUGGGGCACCUUUCAAUAACUGAAAGGAAAUAAGCUUCAGGAAUUUCAUAAUCACAUACCACAACAUAAUCAGGCAUGAAUCAUCACGGUCAUUUGUUUUACAAGAGCCAUCAAUAUACAGAAUCAAGUCAGGUUCGAAGAAAGAAAUAUCAUUAAGAUCUGGUGUGGCAGCGAAUUGUGGAAGGAGACACAGCUGUGUUUGUUACUUUUAUAGGAGCUAUUAAUAUAUAAAUCAAAUCAGGGUUGGGGGAAAAAUAAGGAAAUGAAUAUUCAUGAAAGUUUCAUGGAGGAAAUUUUUCAAUAGAUCUAAAAUUAUUUUUAAUUAGUUUUGCCUUUGGUUGGAAAUAUAUAUUGAAUCUAGUUCCAUUGAAUAAACUUGCACAGCAUAAGAAACAGCAAGGUUAGUUUUAUAGAAUGCAACUUUUCAUUCCAAAUAGUUAAUACAUUGCUGCAUCAGAAACAGCAAAAUUUUAUUCAUGAUCAUCUUCUAAUAGAAAAUCCAAAAAUAGACAAAGCAAUGAAAGCAUUUUUACAUUUAUUAUUUCAAAGCACAACUGCUACUUAUUGUGAGAGCAAAACAACCCUCAAAAUCCAUUGCUUUAAAACAACAUGCUAAGACAAGCAGGGCAGGAAUUUGUUUCUAUAGAAAAGAAGCAGCAAAUUUUUCACUUAGCAGUUUUUGAGAACUUGGUCACUGUCAAAUGUUGAAUGUUAAUCCUAGCCAACAUAGAGUUAACGAACAGCAAAAGUUUUCUUGUUGGCCUUUCAACACAAAUACCAGCAGAAGAGCAUUUCUUUUUUUAUAGAUUAAUGGUGAAAAGGUCAGGCAGGGAAUGAGGAAAACAAACAUUCUGGGCACUUACACCCCUUGGUGCUCACUCAACUUUUCAGGCAGGGAAUGAGGUUUUGAUAGAACAUGCAUGCGUUUAGCAAACAGCUGGGGAAAGAGAUUAUAAUGGUAAUUAUGAUUAUAAUUUUCUCCAUCAAGUUCCCCUUUUCUGAGCGGAGAAGGCCAGAAAUAGUGUUGGAAGGGAAUUAGAAAAUGAGAUUAAAGGGUAAUAUUAAUCAUAUACAUGAAAUGGAAUAUAAAGGAAAGCUACUCUGUUGCUAUUACAGCUUUUUAAAUUCCUAAAUGGGAGUCAGGUGCCUGACUACUUCUCAUUCUUUGUUUUUUCAGAUGAGAGAGACUUUCCAUUUUCUCUCCUUCUAUACAUUCUCCUUCCAUUAUGUGUGGCAGUCCUGACUAUCAUAUUCCUCAUACACCUGAAGAGGUAAGAGACUUAUUAAUGACUUCUGUUUGAGUGUGUUGUAUAUGGUAUAUCUAUCUUCCAAAAAGCUCUGCUUUCACUUUAAAAGGUUCCUGGAAUAGGGGUAUGAAACAUGGGAGAAUAUGACUGUUCUGGCUUGGUGCAGUUUUGUGUAAAUUUAUUAUGAUUAUGAUUUAUAUACUGCCCUUCAUCAUAGGAUCCCAGGGUGGUUCCCAGAACAAAAUACAGGAUAAAAACAAGUAAAUAAUUAAAACAAAACCCCUUCUUCCCACAGACACAUUUAAAAGGCUGUAGAAUAUUAAAUAAAUCAUGAGAACAAUUAUGAAAUACUGUUGAAUGAGUUAAACAAAAUUUGGUAUCUAGAACCCCUUAAUUCUUUUCUUUUUUAAUGUUCUGAAGGAUUAAAAUGUUGAUUCUUCCUACAAUUCCUGAGCCUGGAAAGUUUCUGAAACAAAUGUUUGAAGAACACAUUGAAGAUCUUCAAGUGAGUACUGGCCACUCAAUCCUAGUCUGUCUAAGGCCAACCUAAUGUGUGAGUGAGAAGCACAAGCUCAGAAUCACACACACACACACACACACACACACACACACACACACACACUUUUAAUGGUGUGGCAGAUGGUUCUAGUUUCUCCUUGAAAUAACUUAAUCAGAGUUGCCCGUAAGGAAGAUUUAUAGUACUUAAAAUGUAUUGGGUAACAGAUUACUUUCUGAAGUCUCCUUCAAUUUUAUUUCUGUGUUGCUUUUUCUCUCUCCUAAAAAAAGACAACCAUUUGAUUCAUUACAUCAGUGUUUCCCAACCUUGUUUCCUUCCUGUGCCCCCUGCCCCGGAUGUAGCGGGGGGCAGCUGCACCCCCAUAAGAAAAAAUCAAUACAAAUAUGAGGUUCUGCCUCCCCUCAACAAAAAUCCUGGCCAUGCCCGCCCCCCCGUCCUACAAGUAGAAAGGUAGCUAUUUAAAUGUUUUGUUUGUAAAUAGAACAUGUUUAUAAUUUUUAUAAUUUAUACAAAAUACAAUAACAUAAAACGAUAGGAACAUAAUGAAAUAUUGUUGAAGCAGAAAAACAUAGAAUAAUGGAGCUGCAAGGGACCCCGAGGGUCAUCUAGUCCAACCCCCUGCAACGUAGGAAACUCAGCUAAAGCAUCCAUGACAGAGGCCACCCAACCUCUGCUUAGAAACCUCCAAAGAAGGAGAGUCCAGAACCUCCCGGGGGAGAUCCAUCUUCCAUGUAUUAUAAAAAGGUAAACAACACUUAAUGUGACCCCAGUCAUUUGACACAGAGGGGGACACCUACAGAUACAGUCCAAAAGGCGCACAGGGAGUUCUACAUAUAUGGGAGAAUUUGAAAAAGCAAAUUGUUCUCAUGGGCCUGGGACAAAAAGACAGUUGUAACUCAGAAGUUGAACAGAAUCCGUUAUGGAAAUCCGUUUGACUUCCAAAAUGUUUGGAAACCAAGGCAUGGCUUCCGAUUGGCUGCAGGAAGCUUCUGCAACCAAUUGGAAGGUAUAUCGGAUGUUCAGGUUCCAAAGAAUGUUCACAAACCAGAACAUGCACUUCCGGGUUUGCGGCAUUCGGGAGCUAAAAUGUUUGACUUGCAAAGCGUUUGUCAACCAAGGUACGAGCGUAUCUUGUCAUGCGGAGGAGCCCUGGCUGCCCACACACCCUUACCUGGGAAUAAGGCCCACUGAACUCAGUGUGGCUUUCUUCUGAGUAGACACUUAGUUAUUUACUAGAUGAAAGUCAGCAGCACCAGAUGACCCUGCUUGGCUAGACGCUGGGGUAGAUUUCACCCAGUGGCUUGCAGAAUCAGGCCGAUGCUGCUGACGGGUUCUGCACCCCUCGGCAACAUCCAAAGGCCCCAAUCCACUAGGCGCUGGAGCAGAUUGCACCAUGCUGCUCCUUGCUGAGUGAGGCCCAGGCUGCUACUAGGCCCAACACUGGUGGCAGCAAUAAGCAGCUCCGGCUCACCCAGCCCUACCCAUUGUCACACAACCACCACACUUACCUGACCUGGGGGUUCUGGAUCAUGGGCUCUACAUGUCAAAAUGGGAGCCUCAGCAAUCGCUCUCUCCCACCGGAAACAAACCAGGACUGCUCCAAGAAAACACACAUGGCAAAAAAGGAGCACUAGGCCCUGGUGGACUGCCCCCUUACCCACUUCUGAUUGGCCAAGCAGAUAGCCAGCCAAACAGGAUUUUAAACAAAUAACUAUAAUGGUUUCCCCCCUUCACUUCUCACUUCCCUCUGUGGCCCCCUAGCCUCGUGCUGUGACAUGACCCCCCCCCCAUUUGCAUGAUUUUCACCUGUGGCCCCAUUGGAAUAUCCUGGGGCCUCCAGGGGGCCAUAUAGCCCCCGGUUGGGAAACACUGCAUUAAUUUGUUUUAAGAGACUGCUAUUUCUCUUUCGUCUCCAGAAACCUCCCCCCGAAGACCCAAUCAAGGAUGAGCAAACCCAUUUGUUGGUAUUCAUACAGCCUUCUUGUAAUGAGAACUGA